CAACCCAUUACGCCUCUUUAGCACCCCCUCUCCUUUACUCCUUUUCCUGCCUGCGCCGACAUUAGAACGUCGUCGGAUGCUGCAUAUCACUAGUUUGUGCGUGAAUCAAACGCCAUCACGACCGUCCAUUUCUGGACAAUCUUACGGUGUUAGAUUCACGCACAAACUCCUGAUCUGUCUCAUUCAUAACACUCUCGACUCUCUUUGCUGUUCAGUUGGCGCCAACUCUGGAUUUACUUUGUUUCUCUUUCAAUUUUUUGUUUCCCUCUUUCGCUGUUUUAUGGUUCUAUGAGAUAAGGUUGGGCUGGUGAUCGGAUCGGAUGGCUGCGGAUGCAGGAGAUGGAGUAGCGAGCGAGAUGAACGAUCACAACCCGUUCAUUCCCGAGAUUUCAGAUCUGGAGCUUUUGAAGAUCUUCCUUUCCAGACCAGAUUGGUUACUGACAUUAAAGAGCAGAUCCAAUGGAGGGUAUCUCAUUAAAUUUUCCGCCCUGUUUGUUUCCGGAGAAAAUUUAUAAGCAUAAAUUAUUUCUAAAUUCUACCUAACAUUAAUAAUGUGUUUAUAUCGGUGAUUUUAGCUUGAAUUCGAGUUGGGCGUUUUGCUUUUAUGCGUUUAGAUGAAGAAUCGCAGUUUAUAAUUAUGCAGCUGCUUCGUUGAUUCCAUAUAGUUCUGCGAGGGUUACUGGCAUAAUUGGUGAGAAGGUUAUGUUAUCACAAUAUGCAACAUUAUUGUGGCUCCGUUGUCGUUGUUCUAUGAUAAUGGAAGAGAAAACAAGUAAUUGCUCAUAUGACUUCAAAUUGAACCCAACUGAAGAAAUUGACUGAUGCAUGUAGAGUUUGGUAUUGAUGUAAAUUAUAAUGGUUAUUCAAGGUGUUUCAACAGCCCUUGUAUUAUAUUUUAGGUGGUUUUAUUCCCUGGCGAGAUAGUAUAACUCUAAAUAGAGCAUGACUACAAAUCAUGUUUGCUUUGAAUUUCUAUUAUUUCAUUCCUGUAAUUUGGUAAGGACUUGGAAUGAACAUAAUCAUUACCCCCACAGUGUCUUUCAAGACUGUAUGUGGUGUUGGACAGUUUGUUCAUGCAAGGUUUGCAUGUUUACAGGAAGAAACUGUGGAUGAAUUUGAAGAAAGUUGUAUCGAUCCCCUUACUAUAUCACCCUGCCAAAUGAAUUUGGAUAGAACUCAGUUCUUAUUGAGAUCUUAUCUUCGUGUUUGUCUUCAAAAGAUUGAAAAAUACAUGUUUCACAUUUUGAAAACUGAUAAUUUGCGGGAUUGGAUUUCCGAACAAAAACAAUAGCCAGAAGGUGAAGGAUUUAUUUACUAUUGCCUCUUAAUUUGUUCUUCAAUAUCUUCUAUUUGAAAU